AUGAAGAAAACUACAAGAAAACGGGAACGAUCGUUGCAAACACCAUUAACAAUAAUAGUAGAUGGAGAAAAGGAAGAGACUACGCCAAGCCUCCCGGAUGAUAUCAUUGUAGACAUCCUUUUGAUGUUACCAGUAAAAUCUAUAAUCCGAUUCAGGUGCGUAUGCAAAAACUGGCGCAAUUGGUUAUCCAGAGACCCUAGUUUUAUUAAAAGGCAUCUUAAAAAUAGCAUCGAAAGUGGAACCUUUAAUUGUUUUUCAAUAAGCCGUCACCAAGAGUUUAAUAUACUUAGAGGAAAAUCAUCAUCAUUAACAGCACUUCAAGAUGACUGCUUUGAGUCUAUUAAUUUAUUGGAUUUUCCAUUAAAAUCUCAACUGGUUAAGGAUCCAGAUAUAUUGUUUGACAUUCACGGCUCUUGUAAUGGUUUGAUUUUGAUGAGAAGCCGUACGAGAAGAAGCCGGCCUAGGGAUAUAAAUCUUUGCCUAUGGAACCCAACUACAAAAGAGAUCAAGGAAAUAGAACUUGAUUCAGAAGUCAAGUACGGACCGGCGUGCUCUCAAGUUUUACAGGUAAAGCAAUCCAAAGUCACGUACGGGCUUGGUUACGAUUGUGAGACGGAUGAUUACAAGAUUGUUAAAGCUAAUGCUUUCUAUGACUACGAUAGCAAUGCUCAAGGUGUUUAUUGUGGUUCUGAAGUUCAAGUGUACACAUUAGGUUCGGAUUCAUGGAAAACAUUACCCAACAUCGUUCCUUAUAAGAUAGUAGAUUCUUCCACUCGUGCAUCUGUUAAUGGGGCUCUUUAUUGGAUAGCAACUCGAUGUCAUUCUGACACUGUCCAAAAAUCUAACUUAAUUCUUUCUUUCGAUAUCAAAGGCGAGAAUUUCAGGGAAGUUCCACUACCUUCACAAGUCAUUGAACUAUUUGGUUUUAACUCUCCAGUGAGGAGAACUACAUUAAGUGUUUUAGGAGGGUGCCUUUGUGUAGUCUUUCUGGGUCGUAAUGAUACUGAAGUAUGGGUUAUGAAGGAUCACAAAGUGAGAGAGUCAUGGACCAAAUUGUUUGUUGUCCAAAUUGCAGUCAAAUUAAUACCCAUCGUUGUGCCGUAUGACAUUCCAAUGCGAACUCAAGAAUGGUGAAGUUUUUUUAUUCACACUCAAACAGUUUGGUGUCUCAGACACUUAUUUUUUUUUUACAUAUGACUCAGUGCACCAUGAACCUAAA